AUGGAUCAAUCUCACGCCCGCGCCAUCGAGGCCCUACAGCCCUUCAUCCACCUGGCCACCUCCUCCACCGCCGCCUCUCCCCGCUUCGUGGCCAACCUCAUCACCAACGCCAUUGACAAUCCCAAUACCUACGUCUUUGCAGAACUACUCGACACUCCGGCCGUUCAAUCCCUGAGCAAUCCAGACACUCCGGCUGAAUUCCAACCCUACCGGACCUUGCUAGAGAUCUUUGCCUGGGGGACAUGGGAUGACUAUCAAAGUACCUCCCUCCUCUCUCUCUAUAUUAUAGAAGACAAGAAUCUAACUGAUAAACCCAAAAGAAACACCCAACCUCCCCCCCCUAACCCCCCCCAAACCCUUAAACUCCGCCUCCUCACCCUCCUCACCCUCUCAGCAACAACCACCCCACCCCUCACCUACCCCAACCUAAUGACCGCCCUCUCCAUAACCGCCCCCUCCGACCUCGAAUCCCUCAUAACAACAGCCAUCUACGCAAACCUCAUCACCGCCCGUCUGGCCCCCGCCUCCAACCCCCCCGCCGUGCACAUCACAGCCGUCGCGCCCCUCCGCGACGUGAACCCCGCCCUCGCCCUCCCCGCCAUGAUCGCCCGCCUCUCCAGCUGGGAAUCCCGCUGCGGCCACGUCAUCGCCGACCUCGAGGCGGAGAUUGCGCGCAUUCGCUCGGAUGCUGUUGCCUCCCGUGCGCGACACGCUGCGCACAAUGAUCUCUUCCAGAGGACGAUGGCUGGGUUUACGGCUGAUCUUCCGACUGCUUCUACCGUUCCUACCGGUGCUACUGUCGAGGGUGUCCCCGCCAAAGGAUCACGACUCCCUUGGUCGAAAGGAGGCGGUGGUAGUGGUGGUAGUGGUGGCUGGUUUGGCGCAGGCGGCAACAAGCGGGAGUUUUCCGCCGACGAUCUCGACAUCGACGAUGGCUAUGGCGAGGCGGGCGGCGAGGGGGAGGGCUCGGCUCCGUCUUCGCAGAUGGACGUUGACGAGGGAGCCGGGUCUAGUCGGUUGAGCGCAGGCGCUCGCCACGCCAAGCGGAUUUUGGGGAGAAAGACUUGA